AUGGGCUCAGUCCAACCACCCACGAAGCCAUGUCACAACUGCCGUCGGCAGCGGCUCCGUUGUGACCGCUCGUAUCCACACUGCAACAAGUGCGCCGCCUCGGGCAAGGAGUGUCUCGGAUACGGCAAGCUGUUUCGGUGGACGGGAGCCAUAGCCAGUCGCGGGAAGCUCGCCGGCCGGACCUCGAGCGCGCCGGUGGACGCGGACGCCGAAGAUGCUGAUGCCGACGCCGGUACGGACGGGGACGAGACGACACACGCCGGCGCUGUGUCACCCAUUGUGCGCUCGCGGAGGAGCUCGCCGAACGGGUACUUUGCCAGACGAUCGUCGACGGGUGCAGAAGCCUUGCAGGUCGUUUCCGUUUCCCAACCCGCGUCUCCAACCGCCGGGCUGGGCACCCCGUGGGUGUUGGUCGAUCCUCUGUUUCAAGGCCUGGACCAGGCUCACCGGUUUUAUCUCAACUACUUCACCAGCCGUGUGUGCAAAGAUCUGGUCUCCAAUGACGGGCCAGAGUGCAAUCCUUUCCGCAGUCUCAUCCCGCUGACUCGUGCUCACCCGCUACUACAGCACAUCAUCGUUGCAGCCUCAGCCGCGCACAUGUCCAAUUUGAUUAGAAUGGGCCUACCCUACCCCGAUGGCGGGUUUAUACCCGCCAACCGAGACGCAGCAUCGACUAGGGCGCUGAAUGAUGCAUUGGUUUCCAAGCACACGGCGCUGAAGCUAAUGUCUACCGCGAUUCAAAAUCUCGACACCAUCAAUGGUGACGUCGUGCUCGCUGCCUCGCUUUUCUUCAUCAACGUGGAGUUGAUUGAAUCAGGAAAGCAUGGAUGGAGGGCACACCUCGAGGGAGCUGCAAAGAUCAUGUCCUUCUUGCGGCUUACCAAGGCCUGGGAUAGCUCAUUACGGGAUUACCUUCUCUCAGAUUGUUUCAUUUACUUUAUCCUGGCAUCAGCAUUUAUGCCGGCACGAUAUGCGGCGUCGCUGAACUUUGAGUCCUCACAAAUUCCAUUUGUGCUUGGCAAGACGGUGGCAAACAGUUACUUGUGCUGCCCGCCAGAGCUGAUGGAAAUCUUACACGAGGCCUCCCAGCUUUCAAACAGUGUGAUUGGGGAUGAGUCCGACGAAGCCACUACCAGGGCUGCUCUGGACCUCAUCGAUCGUGCUCAAGCUUACGAUAUUUAUGCAUGGGCUCGCGACACUGCCAGAGCUCUUGAUCUAGCAAAUGAUGUUAUGCAAAGUCGCAUGCACGCAGGGGCCAGUCAUCGCCUAGCUGCCUGCAUAUAUAUCUUACAGGCCAUCCCGUCCGCCGGAGAGAGGCUUGGUCCGGAGUUUGCCGCCUUCCUGACGGACGACCUACUAGCGCACCUGAACAUGAUGCCUGUAGAAGACCCCAAUUUCAAGGCUACUACGUGGCCAACAUUCAUCAUAGGUGCGGAGACGAGGGAUCCAGCAAGGCAAAAAUUCAUCAUGGAAAGACUACGCAUAAUGACCACGGGCUGUCUACAUAUGGCCAAAGUCUCCAUUCUGCCUCAAACCAAGUCAUGCUACAUUGCUGAGACUAAAGCGACAAGGUCGGCGGCACCCCCACCUGGAGGCUUUCAGCUGCCACCGGAUGACUCAUCGCCAGGAGGCAGAUUCAACAUCCAGCUACAUAUGAAGUCUUCUGAUUCGUGGAAGACAUCUCUGCCCGACUACACAUGUCUUCUCGAUGAAGAAGGUGAGGAUGGACAGGUAGCAUACUGGACGCUGCUCCAACAAAUACUCCAGCAGCCUGUCAACACCCCUGCCCAGCUUAUAGAUGUUCUCGAUACAAUUGCUAAUACGAGCCAUGGCUCUUCUGGGGCAGCCGGCGAUUUCGGAACACUCAGAGAAGCUGUGGAGCAUCAUCAUGGUGACACAUUCUUCUCGAGGCUGUGGCCCACUAUCGUGCAGCUCUCGCUCAAGCUACCGGAUCACUUCGCGACAGGUACUAUCCCAGUACUACGACCGGGGGACAAGCUGAGUCUUACAAGAGACAUGGUUGCAUGCCUUGUGGCUCAUCAGUUCCUCUGCACUCUCCAGCCCCCUCCCUGGCGUGAAGGAGAUCACGACUUUGGUAUUUGGUAUGGCUCUGAACAGCGACACCCGCAGGCAGUGAAGAUGUACCUCACGGCGCUCUUCCAAUAUUUUGAAGAGCUCAGUGCGGAUCCCAGGCCAGCAAGUCCGGAAAAUUCCGUUGAUAGGGGAGUAGAAUUCUCUUUACGCGCCUUCGGCGAGACGGGAAACUUUGUAAGGGGGAAUUGGGAUCAAAUUCGGCUUAAAAAUUUGACCGUUCUUCUUGUCCAGAAAUUUAGCACAGAGUCACAGGAACUUGCUCAUCAAGGCAACGAUGGUGCGGUGGUUGUCUCUGCUAAUAAAGACAUUGGUUUCGGGCAAUCAGCAACUCAGGAGGAGAUCUUUAUGGGAAAUUGUCCAGAAGCCUGUCCCGCAGUGCUCUUCACCCCAACAUUACAGGAUGACCAGACUCUGACUGUCUGCGGAGCUCGCCCUAUGCUGAGAAUCUUGGGCCAGCGCCGUGACCUCUCCUGGGAGAAACCUGAGUCAGGAGCAAGCAAGGAGGUAGAAUGCUGCUCAUGGACGCACUAG